CCUUAUCGCAAGUCAAGCGACGAACGGGCGCCUAGCUGAGGAAAGAUAUUGACCAUGUCUCUGCAAUUGACACGGACCGAUUUUAAUCCAACAUUUCAAGAUGUACUCAUCGCCAAAUCCAUUCUCCGCGGGUUGAGGCUUCCUGUCUUUCCUCACCAACUGCCGGAGGAGCUCGCACUCUUGAUCUUGUCUUUCGCAGCCUACCAGACCCGCAUCACGGACCGUCGCGUGGAGGUUCUACAAUAUGAGGCUAAUGAUUUCUGGGAGCCCGGGCCGAUAGCCUCAGUUGCGGGUCUCUACCUGACGACACAACCGCUACCCGCGGCUUGCCACCACGUUUCGUGGAUCACCAUUCAAAUGCGUGCGGCUGAUCAGGGCUGGGCCAGCUUUGGGGGGGACGGAACAUAUGAAAACAGCCACACAUGGUUCGAAGUCAGCAUACUACAUCCCGUGGCCGACCACACGGCCGAGGUUGUAGUAGAAGAGCCCCUCGAGUUGGCGCUAGCGCAUACAUUCCGCAGCCCGACAGAUGCGAGACAAGAACUCCGUGAGCGAGGUUGGGCGAUUGUUGAGCGAGAUGGAAGGUCAAGUUGGAAAGUGCACCAUAAUAUUACUGCUCGUCGCGAAUGGCAUGAUUAUCGCGUCGACUGGAGGGCCGGAAUACAUAUCCAGACUCAAGAGCCAAUGGCUGCUGGCAGUGGGGAAGGUUUUCUGGACGCCUUGGGACCAGGAGCUAGAGUUGCUCUUUGGGCUAGAGCAGAACAACAAGCCUGGAGAGUGAAAGUGGCUGAGGCGGUUAUAGAAAUGGGUGUGGAAUAUUACUAAUUGCAUUCGGAAAAAAGAGCGCAUUGAUGGUUGCAAGCCGGUCGCACGCAUAUGAUUAUGCAUUUUGAACAUCUGGCCCCUUUAUUGCGAAAGCAACUUGUUGGAUAUCCUAGGCUGUCCAUUAAUUCUUCCCUUGGGUAUUGCCUCGUGUGUGCAGACAUGUGCUAUGGAGUCACGAUGUGCUGCGCAUGCAUGUUGCCUCAAUUGACAAGAAUAACAACGAGGACCGUGGGGACUAGUCUGAAGAGCUAGAUAUAUACGGCCGGAUACAUUUCGUAAUGUAGCUACCAAAUACGAGUAUGUGAUGG